AGCUCUCCUUUAAAUUAUAAUAACUUCCUUUUUCUUGUGCUGCAGGGUCAUCCAUUGACCCUAGACCACUGCCUGCACCACUUUAUCUCAUCAGAAUCAGUGCGGGAUGUUGUAUGUGACAACUGUACAAAGAUUGAAGCAAAAGGGACGUUGAAUGGAGAAAAGGUGGAACAUCAGAGGACCACUUUUGUUAAACAGUUGAAACUAGGGAAGCUCCCUCAGUGUCUGUGCAUCCACCUACAGCGACUGAGCUGGUCUAGCCACGGCACACCUCUGAAGCGGCAUGAGCAUGUGCAGUUUAAUGAAUUCUUGAUGAUGGACAUCUACAAGUAUCACCUCCUUGGACAUAAACCCGGUCAACACAAUCCAAAACUUAAUAAUAAUGUCGGCCCAGCAUUACAACUGAAGGAUGGGCCUGCAGCCCCCAACUCAGUUCUGAGUCAGCCAGGGGGCCCCAAAACACAAAUUUUUAUGAAUGGCGCCUGCUCCCCAUCUUUAUUGCCGAUGCUGCCGACCCCAGUGACACUCCCUCUCCCAGUUGUUCCUGACUACAGCUCCUCCACAUACCUCUUCCAGCUGAUGGCAGUUAUUGUCCACCAUGGAGACAUGCAUUCUGGACACUUUGUGACUUACCGACGGUCCCCACCCUCGGCCAAGAACCCUCUCUCAACUAGCAGUCAGUGGCUGUGGAUUUCUGACGACACUGUCCGCAAAGCCAGCCUGCAGGAGGUUCUGUCCUCCAGUGCUUACCUGCUGUUCUAUGAGCGUGUUCUUUCCAAGAUGCAGCACCAGAGUCAGGAGUACAAGGCUGAAGAGUGACCCUGCCCCAGCUGCAAAGCUAGAGCUGAUGGAACUGUCUGAACUGUUCAGAACAAAAGCAAAAUCAUAUGUGUGUUAUGCAAGCAGCCCCACUCGAGUCCUUCUGCCUUCUGUGUGUUGAAAGAGCAGGUUCCACCUGGGAGCUGGUGGCCCUGAUUCCUGCUAAAUGCAGCUCCUUUGAGCAGCUCUUCUAGUGUGCACUGAAAGGGGUCAUCAUGUUAGGAAAGCAUUCAUUAUGUCUAGAGCGUCUUUUUAAUCAUCUGAUACAGGUAAUUAAAAAGAAAUCAGAUCUGGAAGCCACUUUUUUUAUAUUCUAAUAUGUUCAGUGUUUUCAAGCAGAGUUACUUUGUCUAAUCCUCUGAUGUUUCAGCAUAUAAAAAAGAUAUUUUAUUUUUUAAUAGGCAGGCCCAUAAAAAUUGUUGACUGAAUUAGUGAAGUUAUAAAAGGCAGUCAAUUUAAAAGAAAAAGUGCCUUUCACUUUUGAUUGCUUUUGUAGCACAUCCAUUCUGGAAAAUAUACAUUAUCUAAGAGUCAUAUAAACAAUAUUUGAAAAGCUCUAGUCCUUCUAAGUUACUCCAUGGAUAGCAAAAGAACAGGUAAAAGAUGCUUAAAGAACACACACCUUCCUUUUGUAUGUCUUUUUCUAAUCUUUCAAUUCUUUAUAUGUGGCAAAGGCACAUCUGCCAAAUCUGCUCCUUGGGGAAAUUCUUAAACUACUUUGUCAGUUUAAGUGAAAUGCUUACUUGUUCCUUUUAUCUUUUGUACACUGGGCUAAGAGAUAUUAAUUAUACAAUAUCAUAAGCUGUGUGAAUAGCCAGACGUGAGCAGUUUUCUGUGUGACUCCCAUACCAAACCUCUGCUCUGUAGAAAACCCUUUAUGACACUAGGAUCCACUGUGGAAAAUUAUUUUCACCUAUUUAUUUCUUGCCCACACAGAGCUCUUAAACUUAACAUUUCUAGAUAGGAGCCUGGGGCUGUGUUGAAAUGACAAUCCCAGCUUUGAGAGGUGGAUGAGGAAAAGAGAGAUAGGCUUUGGGGCUGCAGACUUUCUUGACCCCAGUUUCCUCAUUUGUAAAGUGAAGGGUUAGAGCAGAUGACCAUCAGAGGCCAGGCUUUUCCAUAAAAGGAAGAAGUCUUUUAUUUUAAACACAUAGCUACAGCAGAUGUCUAGUAUUGUUUUUCUACUGCUCAUUUUUGUUAUAUGACCAUAUUCUAUAUUUAUCUUCUUUUCCAGUAGCCUAAUGUAAAAAGACUAUUGAGCAUUUUCUUCCCUUUUCAGAUAAGUCUCAUGAAUGCAGCCAAGGGCCAAAGGAACUUUGAUUGCACAGUAGUACCUGUGUUUUAGCUAGAUUUUUCUAUUUAAAAAAUAAAAAAGAUACCAAAUUCAAACGGAUUCCUCAGAGAUAAGAUUUGGAAUUAGAUUCAUCCUGAGAGUCACCCGAGGUAAGGCUAAGAACUGUGCUUCCCUUGGUGGGGGAGAAAUGCCGGAUACUUCAAGACUGCCUUGAUGGCAGCUCAGAGUGCAAGAAGCCCAGGAGAUCAACGUUCUGCUGGACCCAGUGUGCAUCUUGAGGACUUAGUAACUCUUGCUAUCAGUAGAAUAUACUGUGAAGGGACUUGAGGCUGUGAACUUAAGUGUGAAAGGAACAGCUUGAACCGUCUGAUCCAUUCACUGCUGAUGUCCUUUACUGAUUCCGUUGCAAACCCUGGCUUUGAUGUUGAAAGGAACGGACUUAUUUUACCUGAAUCUGGUUGAACAAAUACUCAGUUGUGUCACCUUGAACUGCACUGCAAAGUUGUAACUUUGAGUAACUGCUCUUCUGCCAUUGGUUACUCUUUGAAAUCUGCCGUUAGAGAGAGAUGUCGGGCCUGAAAGGGGGAUUUCCCUUUUACCAUAGUUUUAAGCAGUUCUUUGGUUAGAAGACAGGGUUUGAGCCAAGAUUGUAAAUGUGAAUGAUGUCUGUGCAAAGUCGAUUAACUUGACUUAAAGCUGAUUUUCUCAUUUUGUAAAUUAUUAGGAAUUAAGUAGCAGCCAGAUCAUCUUAUUUCCAGUUUUAAGUUAUUUACAAAGUUCACGAAGUUAGAUUCUUUUGCAAACAGCUAAGUUAAACUAGUAGUUUACGCCAUAAUAACUGCUGGUUUAUGUAUUUGCUAAAGGUACUUUUUAUAUUUGCUGUGUAUUAUAGCAAUAAAAGAAUCAUUUUGCUAGGAAAAAAGUCAA